AUGUAUGCAAUCACAUUGGUACUAUUUUGCGUUGUAAAGUUAUCAUCUGAACAACCCCAUUCAUGUGCAUGCAAUUGUUGUCCUACGUCUAACUGUUAUCCAUCAUUAGUCGGACAAGCUUAUGCCGCCAAUUGCUCAAGAGCUGCUUGUACAGACGCAUGCAAAGUACAAUAUACAUCAUCAUGUGCAUCUUAUUUUGGUAAGAUAGAUGCUUAUUGUACAUCAUCGUUAACAACGACAACUCAACAAUUUAACUGUCGCUGUGAUUGUUGUAAUACUGGUAGUACGUGUUCAUUGAAUGCCAUAGGUACAAGUACCGCUUGGUCCUGUUCCCCACAGGCAUGUACAAUAGCAUGCUAUCAACAAUAUCCCUAUGUAUGUGUGAGUUCGUCUCUUGGACAAACAUCUGGUCAAUGUACAGGUCUUGCCACUACCACCGCUGCCCCUAAUAGUUAUCGUUGUUCAUGUAAAUGUUGUAAUAAUGGCCAAUUAUGUACAACAUAUCAAGUUGGUACCACCGUUGCACAGGAAUGCUCGCCGAAUUCAUGUGCAGAACAAUGUCGUAAACAAUAUCCUCAAAUAUGUGCAUCAUCUCCACUUGGACAAACGCAAGGAAUUUGUUUGGGUGUUUAG